AAUUUUAUCUUUUUUUUUAAAGCUUUCCCUGCAGAAGAACUAGCAGUGAAGAGACCUCUGCUCUUAAACAUUUGGGAAAGCGGAAAAAUGGCAUCAGAAGACAUCACUAAGCUUGCGGAGUCACUUGCCAAAACCAAAGUGGGUGGUGGACAGUUGAGCUUCAAAGGCCAGAGCCUUAAACUCAAUACAGCUGAAGAUGCUGAAGAAGUGAUCAAGCAAAUUGAGGAAUUUGAUGGCCUGGAAGCAUUGCGCCUGGAAGGCAACACGGUGGGUGUGGAGGCAGCAAAGGUCAUCGCCAAAGCCUUGGAGAAGAAAUCGGAGCUCAAGAGGUGUCAUUGGAGUGACAUGUUCACGGGGAGACUAAGGUCUGAGAUCCCUCCUGCUUUGAUCUCUUUGGGGGAUGCACUCAUCACUGCUGGAGCCCAGCUGGUGGAGCUGGACCUGAGUGACAAUGCCUUUGGACCAGACGGUGUGCGUGGCUUUGAGGCACUGCUGAAGAGCCCCGCAUGCUACACCCUACAGGAACUCAAGCUCAAUAACUGUGGCAUGGGCAUUGGUGGUGGCAAGAUAUUGGCAGCUGCUCUGAAAGAAUGUCACAGGAAAUCAAGUGCCCAGGGCAAGCCUCUUGCUUUGAAAAUAUUUGUAGCUGGCAGAAACCGUCUGGAGAAUGAUGGUGCCACUGCCCUGGCUGAAGCCUUUGGGAUCAUUGGGACUCUAGAAGAGGUCCAUAUGCCACAGAAUGGAAUUAACCAUCCUGGCAUCACGGCACUGGCCCAGGCCUUUGCUAUCAAUCCACUGCUUAAGGUUAUAAACUUGAAUGACAACACCUUCACAGAGAAAGGAGCUGUGGCCAUGGCAGAGACUCUGAAGGCACUUCGGCAGAUUGAAGUGAUCAACUUUGGAGACUGCCUGGUGCGUUCGAAGGGCGCUGUUGCUAUUGCUGAUGCUGUUAAAGAAGGGCUUCAUAAAUUAAAGGAACUGAAUUUGUCCUUCUGUGAGAUCAAACGUGAUGCAGCUCUGACUGUUGCUGAAGCUAUUGAAGAUAAGGCAGAGUUGGAGAAGUUGGAUCUCAAUGGUAACUGUCUGGGAGAAGAGGGAUGUGAGCAACUCCAGGAGAUCCUUGAAGGCUUCAAUAUGGCAGCUGUGCUGGGAUCUUUGAGUGAUGAUGACGGGGAGGACGAGGAUGAUGAAGAGGAGGAUGAGGAGGAUGAAGAUGAAGAGGAGGAGGAAGAGGAGGAGGAGGAAGAACAGCAACAGCUGAAGGAGAGAGGACAGGGAGAACAGGAGUCACUGACUCCUAAGAAGAUAAUUGAUUCACAGGAUUCAACUCCAGUGCCAUCUCCUCCUGUGGAUGUUGCCACGUUCCUUGCUUUCCCAUCGCCAGAGAAGCUGCUGCGACUAGGACCAAAGUGCUCUGUGCUGAUAGCUCAGCAGACAGAUACAUCUGAUGUAGAGAAAGUAGUUACAACUCUCCUAAGGAUAUCAUCAGUCUUCAAAGAUGAAGCUCCAGUAAAAACAGCAGUGCAUGAAACAACAGAUGCCUUGAUGAGAAAAGCCUUCACUUCUGCCACAUUCAAUUCAGAUGCAUUCAUCACAAGUCUCUUGAUCCACAUGGGACUACUUAAGAGCGAAGAAAAGAUCAAAGCUGUCCCGAGUCUCUAUGGUAUUCUUAUGACCUUGAACUAUAUGGUCCAGCAGGAUUAUUUCCCUAAAUCCCUGGCCCCAGUUCUCUCAGCUUUUAUCACAAAACCAAACCGUGCUCUUGACUCCUGUUCAUUUGCUCGCCACAUGCUCUUACAAACCCUCCACCAACUGUAAGAAGCAAGAGAUGUGCUGCUGUGCCCUUCCCUCCUCGUAGGACUGUUGUCAGCAGAGAACUCUGAGCUGUGUGGUGGUAGAGGAUCCCAGAGCCUAUACAGACAUGCUGUCCUUUCUUCUUUUUCUUUUUUUUUUUUUCUUUU